AGAGGGGCGGGGCAGAGAUGGAGAUCCGGAUCCGGAGCGGCUGAAAGGCGGAAGUGGAGGCCGGAGCCUGGGACAGGGCCGGGGGGGAGAGGAGCAGAGCCUGUCCGAGCCCCGGCCCCAAGUAACGUCGCCGCCCGGGAGUCGCCUUGGAGGCCCACCUCCCCGCUAAGUGCCUCUGCAUAGCACCGGCCCCUGCCCCACACUCACUGGUGCCACUGCAGCGGGACAGGCCAUGGCGGUUCGGGGAGGUGCAGCACGACCCAACGGACCUGCUGCUGGGAACAAGAUCUGUCAGUUUAAGCUGGUCCUGCUGGGGGAGUCCGCCGUGGGCAAGUCCAGCCUCGUCCUCCGCUUUGUCAAGGGGCAAUUCCACGAGUACCAGGAGAGCACAAUUGGAGCGGCCUUCCUCACACAGACUGUCUGCUUGGACGACACAACAGUCAAGUUCGAGAUCUGGGACACAGCUGGACAGGAGCGGUAUCACAGCCUGGCCCCCAUGUACUACCGGGGGGCUCAGGCUGCCAUCGUGGUCUAUGACAUCACCAACACAGAUACAUUUGCACGAGCCAAGAACUGGGUGAAGGAGUUACAGAGGCAGGCCAGCCCCAACAUCGUCAUCGCCCUUGCGGGUAACAAGGCGGAUCUGGCCAGCAAGAGAGCUGUGGAGUUCCAGGAAGCACAGGCCUAUGCAGACGACAACAGUUUGCUGUUCAUGGAGACAUCAGCAAAGACGGCAAUGAAUGUGAACGAAAUUUUCAUGGCAAUAGCUAAGAAGCUUCCCAAGAACGAGCCCCAGAAUGCACCUGGUGCUCCAGGCCGGAACCGAGGUGUGGACCUCCAGGAGAACAACCCAGCCAGCCGGAGCCAGUGCUGCAGCAACUGAGCCCCCCCGUGCCUGCCGCUGCCCCCAGCUCCUCCGCCUGAACGACCCGACUGGAAUCCACUCUAACCAAUCGCACUUAACGACUCGGGCCACCACUGGGGGGCAGGGGGAGGGGUCCACCAUGAUUUCUCCAUAUAAUUUUGAUCCUAGGCCGGAGUGAGUUAUUCCACCUGCACCUUUCUGUACAAAUACUAAUUCAAUUUUAAGUCUUAAGUCACUUUUUUAAUAUAUAUGAUCUGUUCUUCCCACUUCCUCCCCUUCUUCUGCUCCUCGAGUCUCCUCUGCUGGUAGGACGUGCUCCUUUCCCCCAGCCUUGUGUACCGGCAGGGGGCUGGAGCAGCUACCCUUCCUUCCCUCUUGCUGAAGGGCACACUCAGCGAGAGCACCCACAUCC